AUGGAUACUGGCAAUGAUGAGAAGAAGCUGGCGAUGACGCCUACACCAUCGGCCUACGAAGGUCAAGUCUUGCAGCAACAACAAACUGGAGGCCUUCAUCGCCGCGUGGGAGGUCGCCAGAUUCAACUAUUUACCAUCGGAGGCUCCAUCGGCACAGCCCUUUUCAUCUCGAUCGGAACCGCUCUUUUCAAGGCCGAGCCUGGUAGCCUCCUUCUGUCCUUCUUCACCUACUUCUGCGUUAUUACACUGGUUAACAACUGCAUUGCCGAAAUGACAGUUUUUAUGCCCUGCUUUAAACCUCAGCGCCGUGAGUAUUACAGCGAGUCCGAGUUCUGGCUAUCGAGCGGCAAGGUCAUCUUGAUUAUCAUCUUGACAUGCUUCACAUUCGUCACAAUGGUUGGUGGAAAUCCACAACAUGAUGCCUACGGCUUUCGAUGCUGGAAACAUCCUGGCGCCUUUGCGGAAUGGAGGUCAACUGGCAACCUGGGACGUUUCGAAGGCUUUCUCGCCACGUUAUUCUUUGCGCCACUGCCGAUCGUCGGACCCGAAUACAUCUCCAUGAUCGCUGGCGAAGCGAUCCGCCCCAGAGUCAACAUCAAGAAGGCUUUCAAAGCCACAUACUACCGUCUCGCUUACUUCUUUUUGGGGGGCGCCAUCUGUGUGGGGAUCGUGGUACCUUUUAACGACCCAACACUAAGAGCCAUCGUCAACGGCGAGAAGGAGAGUGGCAGCGGUGCUGCUUCUCCGUACGUUAUCGCCAUGACAAACCUAGGGGUUGGAGUCCUACCUCACCUGGUCAAUGCCCUGAUCCUCUCGAGUGUUUUUGUGGCCGGUAACACGUACGUGUACUGCGCCAGCCGAAAUUUGUAUGGACUUGCUCUGGACGGCUAUAUCCCUAAAGUCAUGGCCCGGUGCACCAAGAGUGGUGUACCUAUCUACUGUCUCGGAGUUACGCUGGUAUUUCCCUGCGUAUCGUUAUUACAAUUAUCGAACAGCGGCGCAAGCGUAUUGGACUGGUUGGUCAACAUUCUGACUAGCGGCGGCCUCGUCAACUUCAUCGUUAUGUGCAUCGUGUACCUGCGCUUCUACAGGGCAUGCGAGGUUCAAGGCGUAGAUCGCACGAGUUUGCCCUAUCGUGCUUGGUUCCAGCCCUACAGCGCCUGGAUAGCCUUGUUCAUUUUUUGCAGCAUCGCGAUUGGCAGUGGCUACACGACCUUUAUCGGCGAAUUCUCAGCUGCCACAUUCUUCACUAGAUAUACCAUGAUUCUCUUCGCGCCUGUAUCGUACUGUGGCUGGAAGCUGAUCAAGAGAACGCGCAUCGUAUCAGCCAAGGAGGUGGAUCUGGUCUGGGAACGUCCUGAGAUCGACGCGUAUGAGGCACACCUUGAAGAAGACAAGUCGUCAGUCGUCAGUGCUGUGAGAAACAAUCUUUUUGGGGGUUGGAAGAAGGGAGAUGAGAAGGACAGGGAGUCGCAAGGUUAG